AUGCCUACCAAAAUCGGUAAAACAUUCACAACCUUUCGAAAGCUCCCACUCGAGCUCCGUCUUAUCAUCUGGGGAUUGGCAAAGCCAGCUGGUCGAAUCAUCGACCUUGAUCUACUCGAAAGAUCUACCGUCAAAGAAGAAUGGAACUUGGCUCGAUCUCCCCAAGCUCCUGAUCAGUCUGACGACGCAGAGAACGGCGACGAAAAUUCGGUCAGAUACAACAGGUUAUGGGGCUUCAAAUCCAACGCUCCGAUUCCAGCACUCCUACUCGCGUGCCGUGAGUCGCAUAGAGUCGCAUCGAAGUGGUAUCCGCGAGUCUUUCAAUGCUAUGCUGACGACCCGGAAGCAUUGCGAUUCCCUCCUGCCAUUCAAGGACCAGGUUCAGUCUCACUCCCACAGACGUACUUCAAUUUUGAGAAUGAUACACUCUUCAUCACGCCCGACACGUUUCGUCCCAGAUUCAAUGCUGAAAUUGACGCAGUAACUAGACGCUUCUAUAAUCUCGCACAAGUCCCAGAACAUACUAUAUCUGGGGUCUCCCGGCUGGUGUAUGAUCCAGAUUUCUCAAGAAUUAAGAACCUUGCUAUUCAAUUGACUUCCGAUCAAUGGAAUCUCGACUGGGACGCUCAUGCUGAAUGGCUGGCUAGAUUCCUGGAGCGUGGAUUUCGCGACCUCAAGACGCUUACCGUUGUGGUUGAUCAUCAUCUUCUAUCCCCUCGCUGGAUAGAAACGCAGGGCGUGAAGAUGUCGAAAGAAGAAAGAGCAAAUCUUGUAUAUAUGGAUAAAUUAAUCGAUGUCCAGGAUGCUUGCCGCUUCUACCGCCCCGAUCGUUUUAUUCUCGAGCAUGAAAAAAGAGAGUGGACAAAAGCAAAACCUAAUGCCUCUUGUUUCACACAGAGCCAUAUCAGAAAAUUGACUCAACACAUGAUGGAAGUUCUCAGAGAAGAGCACAUUAAAGCUGGUAAAUUGAUGUGGGAUCUGCCAGAGAUACAAUUUAAGAUUGUCCUUCCCGCGAAGAUUAAAGAAAACUUACGUCGGAACAUGCGGCGAUACAAAGAGAGAUUUGCUGGUUGGCAAAGAGAAGCUGCUUCUGAGUCGAGAGUAGAGAGCUUCCGAGUCGAGAGAAGGGGGAGAUAUAUCAUGAAUUAA